AUGUCCUCCUCCGCCUCCGGCGACCCUACGCAGCUGGACGGCCAGGCCCUGCUGGAGUUGCAGAACGCCUCCGCCUCUAAGAUUCAGAGACACUGGAAGGUUGCGCAGUUAAGACGUUUGGAAGCUCGAGAAUCGUUUUGCCGCACCCUGUCCACAUUAGUCCAGAAUGUGGACUGGAACUGUUUUGGGCCAGAUUCUGAUUUUCUUCGUCAACUGCUGUUCUUCUUCAAUGCAAAGCGAGGAGAGGAUGUUGACAUGCUUUGUAAAAUCUGCGACAUCCUUCUGCUCUACGUUAGAUCUGAUGGGACAUAUGUCGAUGGUACCAUACCGAUUGACAUUGAUGCUAACUAUUAUUUUGAUGUUGAUCUGCAAAGGCACAUAUCGACACUGUUUCAACACUUGGUUAAUGCUGCAGUUAGUGGUAUACUGAGCAUAGAUUUUUCCGAUUCAGCUGGCCUUUCAAGUACUGAGCUACAGAUUGUAGGAUCCAUCAGUUUUCUUCUUCAUGGCAUGUUGCACUCCAGUAUUACUGAUGGAAUAAUUACUGAGCUGGUGCAUACCACUGAAAUUGUUCCUGCACUAUGGAAUUUUAUAAAGAGCUGCCAUACAAACGAUAAAUGGCAGUUUUUUUCCAAGUAUUGUUCUCAAUUGCUUCCAGACGCUCCUGGUUGGCUAUUACCUUUGUCCAUUUUCUGUCCAAUGUACAGCCAUAUCUUACAGUUUAUGGAUAUUGUGGAAUUUAAGAAAUCUGAAAGAUAUGUUUCUCUUGAAGAUUUGCCGUCUCUUGUUUUCAUCUUAAAGGAGGCUUUAUGGGAACUUCUGUUGACUAUUCCUCUGCAAUCAUCUUCUUUACAGACGACAUGCAGUCCUCUAGAUAAUAAGAAAAUGUUGACUCAGAUUCUCAAGAGCAGUGUUACGAAUGGAUUAUGUGAAUUACUUAUACAGUUAGAGAAUUGGAAUAACAUGGACCAAUUUGUUCCUCCUAUUAGUUUCUGUUCUACAAAAGCUAUUAGUGAUGAGUUUGCCUCUCAGGCACUUAUUGUGGGAACACGUGAAGCAGAAAUUAUAAGGCUUGCUCCGUUUUUGGUACCUUUUGGCACAAGACUUGAGAUAUUUCAAAUUCAAAUAGUUUUUUUCAAUGAGCAUGGCAUGAAGGAAGCUGGAGUUGAUGCUGGUGGAAUUUUUAGAGAGUUCAUGAACAUUAUCACCGAGUCUGCAUUUAGUUUGGAGUCUGGCUUUUUCAAGGAAACAGCGGAUCAUUUGUUAUAUCCCAACCCUGAAUCGAAGUUGGCUCAUGCAGAUUGUCUGCAGUAUUUUCAUUUUCUUGGAGUUCUACUUGGGAAGGCAAUGUAUGAAGGGAUAACAGUUUGCUUGCCAUUUACAAUAUUCUUCUUAAGGAAGUUGAAACAGAAGGAAACAUUCUUUAAUGAUUUGUUUUCACUUGACCCAGAAUCAUAUCGCACUCUAGUGAAUAUGAAGGAUUCAGAUGAUCUCUCCUAUCUUUAUUUCAUUGCACCGGAUGGUAAAGAACUGUUUCCUGGCGGGGCAAGGAUGCAUGUUACUGCUCAUAAUGUUACUACGUAUAUGCAUCUUGUUGCCAACUACCAGUUAAACUGCCAGAACCGUGUGCAAACUGCACAGUUUGUGAGAGGUUUUCAACAACUUAUACCCAAAGAAUGGACUGAUAUGUUCAAUGAACAUGAAUUUCAGCUUCUCAUAUCCGGCUCUCUGAGCUUGAAUGUAGAAGACCUUCAGUUGAACACAAACUAUAGUGGAGAAUAUCAUAUGGAUCAUGUGGUUAUUGUUAUGUUCUGGAAUGUAUUAAGGAAAUUUAGUGGAUGUGAUCAAGAACGGUUUCUCAUGUUCGUAACCGGAAGUGCUCGUGGUCCGAUUAGGGGUUUUGGAACCUUGAAUCCGAAGUUUGGCAUCAAGAGUUACGGGGAUGAUCCAAGCCGACUGCCUUUAGCAUCUACAUGCUUUAAUCAGUUGCAUCUCCCUCCUUAUCAAACAGAGGAACAAAUGCAUGCAAAGUUGAUUCAAGCAAUAUCUUCGAAGUCAGGAUUUGAUCUAAUGUGA